AAUUUAAAAUACAUCUUUCAAUAUAUAUAUUUGAUACAGGUUGUUAAACAGAUGCUAUUGCCGCUUUUCAAGACUCUAUUUGAUAGAUUCAGUACUUUGAACGACCUAGUCAGCAACAUACUUGCUACACAUGACGUCCAAAAUAUAGCCUAGUGCAAGGGAAGAUUACAAGAAUGUGUGAGAAAGUGUCAUUAAUAGACAUGUGCAGGACCAAGCAUCCUUUGUUUCCUAUACUGAUUCCGGAACUAAUACUUUUUUAGUUUCCCGAGUAUCUGCACCAACCUUGGUACCUAUUCAGAUAAGCUCAUUGGAGAACUAAUUCAUAUCAAGUCUGAAAUAAUUCUUUAAAACUCCGGUUUUUUUUCAUAAAUUUUUUCGAUGACAGAGAUUGCCCAGACUAAAUUUUCGUGUUCUAUAUGCUAAUUGGAUGUUGACUACAGAUGUACGGAAUCAAGUUUUUUAAAUUUUUGUCUCUGUCUUGUUCCAGCUUCCGAUAAAGUCUUACAUGUUUAGUAAACCCUGUGUCAAUUAAUGGAAAGACUUUUCAUUAGAGUAAUAUUUUGUGUCGAAUUUCUCUAAGAUAUUAGAAAGACAUGAGUUACGGUUUCAGAUGCUUGUAUACUCGAAAAAAUGUUGAACUUAUGCAAUUAGUAAGGAAGCCGCUUGCUUUUUACUCAAGACGAUUGAUAAUAUACGAUACUCUGAACAACGCAAUCAACUAUUAGGAUUAAAAUGAAGAAUUGUUUUCUACUAUAGGAACCUAUUUUAUCAAUGCUAUAUAACAGUAAAGCAUCCUAUUACGUAGAAGAAUGAUAAUUCAUUUAUAAUUUCAUUGUCUUUCGAUUUUUUUAGAGAUAAGGUUUUGCAAUGUGCCAAUCGAUUCAUCCUUUGAAUCAGGUGAGUAUCAAGCAUGCUUUGCUGUGAAUGAAUAACUAAAUGUAAAAAAAACAAUUUCAGAGCCACAAUAGAAAUAUCCAUGGUCAAUUGAAUAGUGAUCCACCAGUCUCAUCAGCUUCACAGUGAGUGCGAUUAUUGAAUUUAACUUAAUUAUAGUAGAAAUUAUCAGGAAUCCAGCAAGAAAGAAACUGAUAAUUAUAGGGUUGACUGCCCUUCUUAUAAUCGUUUUGGUCGGAUCACUAUUGGGUCUGUUUCGGGUAGUUUGCGGUGUAGGUCCACUUUUCAAAGUAUGCACAAACCAAACAGCAACUACUAUUACUACGACUAGGACAACAACAACAACAAUAGCAACAACAACUACAACAGCAACCACAACAACAACUACAACAACCACAACAACAACCACAACAACAACUGCAACAACAACAACAAUAGCGGCAACAACAACAAUAGCAACAACAACAACAACCACAACACCAAAUCCAUGUAAGUAAAACAACACUCUACUCAAUAAUCUUAUUAUAACUACAAUGUUAUUAUUUUCCCUUCAACAUAAAAAAUAAUAAAGAAAAAAAACAUUCUUUAUAUAUUAUAAUACCACUCACAUUGAAACUAUUUAGAAGUUUGAAAAAAAAUACAAAUUAUAACACGAAUUUUACAUACUAAAGUCAACAAAGAAAAGUAUAAAAGAUCAUCACUAAUCAUAUAAUUCAAUAUAGAUUUAUUUUAAGCCUCUAAAAUUAAUAUUACUAGUGAAUGUAUGCAUACAUUAACUAACAUUGAUGUCUUACACUAUAUAUAUACACCCCUGGAAAGCAAAAGUUAGCCACUAUGUUUAACCUCUUUUUACACUCGAAAACGACUUAUUGGGAAACUAAUUAUGCCAUUCGAUAGCCCUCGUCGAGCUCUAUCAAAAUAUGCCUUUUAAUCAUAUCUGGCUUUUAUAUAGUGAAAAAUUAAUCAAGUGGAAUGAAGAUGCGACGAAAGUGAGAUUCCCAAAACUUGAUUUUGUCACUGUCAUCAAAAUUUGUUUUUUAAAUUUUUUAUCACUAUAGAAUUACCUUUUUAAAAAGCAAGUGGAUAUUCUGAUAGACCUCGAAAUUCUCUAUCACCUUAUAUAUGUACCUAUUCUCUUGUCUUUAUUUCUUGAAAUAUAAUUUGAGUAUAACAAAGAUAUUCCCAGGUGACACAAACAAAAGGAAGUGCAAUUUGUUUCGCUAUUUUUUCAAAUUACACCUACUCUGUGAAUGAGUUAUUAUAAAGGUAAGUCUGCAUUCUGACAGAGCUUGAAAUUCUCUAUCUUCCUAUAUAAUUUUGUGUUGUCUCGUAUUUAUUCGUCAUGGCAGACAAACGUGAGAUAGCACAAAAUUAUAUAGGAAGAUAGAGAAUUUCGAGCUCUAUCAGAAUAUACAAUUGCUUUUUAAAAAAGGUAAUUCUAUAGUGAUAAAAAAUUUAAAAAACAAAUUUUGAUGACAGUGACAAAAUCAAGUUUUGGGAAUUUCACUUUCGUCGCAUCUUCAUUCCACUUGAUUAAUUUUUCACCAUAUAAAAGCCAGAUAUGAUCAAAAGGCAUAUUUUGAAAGAGCUCGACGAGGGCUAUCGAAUGGCAUAAUUAGUUUCCCAAUAAGUCGUUUUCAAGUGUAAAAAAAGGUCAAACAUAGUGGCUAACGUUUGCUUUCCAGGGGUAUAGAUGAUGAUGAUGGUGCAAUUACAUAUUAUCAUCCUUUUUUAUUGUACCAUUGUUAGGUAGGUCAGGCGCCUUACGUUGGAAUACAUCAGCUACAACUAUAGUUAAUUCA